AGCAAAAGCAGCAGUCGAAUCAGGGAAAACCAAACAACUCCCUUUUAUUAUUGCAGGAUAAAUGUAUUUUUGAAAAUAACGAAAACUGAAAUCUAAAAGAUGUGAUUGACUACCUUGCCCUUGUUGAGUGACUUACCAAAAUGCCUUCGAGCUCCGAGUACAACGAAAUUAAGCCAAAACUGAGCAGCACAGUCCGUCUGCAAUGGAAAGUCCUUCAGACAAUGAUCUUUGCUGCGACGGCUGUCUGUGGCUACGCCUGUGCCAUAAUUUUUGGCUACUGGUUACAGGGCCUAGAGAGCCAUUGUCCACUUUUUGCUGAUAUCAAAUUCCUGAAGUUUGACAACACCAGCACCUCGUCAACCCUUGAAAUUGAUUUUACGGCAAGCAAGUGGGGCAAGGAUGCUCUCUGUUCCUUCUGCCAGUUUGUCCCUCUUCUGACUGCCGUUUAUGCCUUUAUUUGGGGAGGAUCUUUUGCUUGUUGUGGUCGAGGAGGGAAGUCACCCGAUGGUGUUGAGCCUUGGAAGUUGGUGUUUGCCGCCCUUGCCUUCAGUCUAAUAUUCAUGCCAAUUGCAAUCGCUGCAGCAGCCUUGACUACAUCAGGGUUGUCGGAAAGUUGUGAAUCAUUGUCGGGCACCCUCGAGGAAAUGGGCCAACUGCAACUGGCAAGGGACGUUUGUACUGGGAAAGUUAACCCAGGUGUCAAAAUUCCAGAGACGUCUAGCUUGGAGGUGCUAAAGGUUGUUGCCUGGAUGAGUGCCAGUGGCUGGGGCCUUGCAGCUGUUCUCCUUUUUAUUCGCUAUUUGUGCUUGGCAGAUUUUGAAGAGAUGCCGAGAAAAUGCAGCAACCUGACUGCAAAAUCUUCAGCUGCGUCUGGACCAAGCACGUCGUCAGAAGAAAGAACUGUUACCAUUGAAUGCUGAUCGAAUGUUGAAGAAGGCUGCCCUUAUGUCUCCACAGUAUACGUAAAUGACACAAUAAGCUGCAUUUUAGCGUUUGGCAUUUCGAUAUGAAAAUCUUUAGUUCCUUCACUUGUUACCGACUAGUACUUAAUUCUUCUUUAACUUUCUUCAAAUGCACAGACUGUCUUGAUGAUGCUUACUGUAGUUACUAUCACAUUUUUUUUUUUAUAAUUUGGUAUAGUUUUGUUAAGCAAUUUUAACUUAGCCAAAUCAAGCAAAAUUUCUGAUUAAGUUGAUAACGAACCAUAUUUCAGUAUUAUUUAAGUCAACUAUAAACAAAAUACUUUAUUCACACAUUACUAAAUAUAGAUUUUUUUUAACUUGAACUUAAAAUUUAAUCAAUUUUUUUUUAUCUACUGUCUGAAAUUUUUAAACCAAACAGAUCAUCCAGUCUUCCUGUCGCAUCUUUCAAUUUGAUUUGUGCUAUGCUCAUUCAACUGGAAGUGAUAAUUAAUUUUGGAGUGCUAAGAGUGAAACAAAUUUUAAAGUUCUUAUUUAAUUUUGAAGUUCUUUUGUGAGUCUAUUGAUUGAAGUCUUUUAUUGAUAUUUAUUUUAAUUUCAAGUAUUCCUAUAUAAUGUUUGCUUCGCAUCUUGUUAAAAUCCAAGAUAAACAAACUUAACCUCAACUAACUGUGUGAACUUCUGAGAAGGCUGACUGAUUUCUAUGCUUUUAUACUAUAUUCUACAAAAUGUAAUCAUAUCACAAAAUACAAGAGCGGAAGUUUACAAAAAGCAAAUAAAA